GCUUCAAUGUUAUGGUAGAAUCUGAAGAACAGAGAGUCCCCUCCAAUUGACUUUAAAUUUCUCGAGAUGGAUCUAAACCCUGUAAGUAUUCACUACUUUUCGUGAUUUUCCUUCUUUCACAAUGCGAUUUAAUCACGAGAUUCUUGCGUUGAGCUGCCUUUUAAUGAUCUCGGCACGCCUAAUUCUGUUGAAUAUCGUACUUCUUUGCGCAAUUUGUUUGUCGACUUUUGAUGAGUGAUUUAGUGUUGAUAUCCGUGAAAUUGUUUGAUUAUUGUUGGUAAUCAUCUGCUCUCGCUCGUCGUGGAUCUGUUGUCUGGAAUUCGAGUGAGUUGAGGAUGCUAUUUCGCUUGAAUCAGAUUCGAAUCUGGGCUAUUAGGUUGUAUAUCUGUUGGGUGUAGUUUUGUAUGAUGGGAUUUAGGAGCUGUUAAGUAUCGUUCACAAAUUGGAGGGAUGUUUCCUUGGGGCUCUUUUAAGUGCCGACGAACUCUCAGAGACACAUGUUCCCUGUGUUAUUUAUUUCUGUGAAAGGGGAGAAUGGUUUAUUGCUUUUUCAAGGUUUUGAGCACAGAAAUCAGUUAAAAUAACCUGUUUUCACUCGUGAUUUAUUACUGUUUUUCGUGUUACAUUUUGUGAACAAUGUAAGCUUUUUGCCUACUUAUCUCUGUUGCAAAUAAGAUCAUUCCGUUGGAUGAUAAUCUUGGAGGCCGGGAUGAAUUCAUAGAGAUUUUCUUAUUAGUGGGGCAGUUUGGAGAGAGUUGCAGUAGUUAUUUGUUAGAUGAUUUAAUUUCAACGAGGGGAGGAAUGAGGCGUUAACCUUGCUACAUUAGACAUUCUGGAUUGGAGGCCUGCAGGGGAGAGUUAUGCACACCCAAGAAUUUGCUUUUUCCACGUCCUCUUCAAGGUUCAAAACAUAUACUUACUGAUGAUUCAUUUUUUUUUUUUGUUCUUUAUGGGACAAUGAUACGAGUUUCAGUGCUUUAAUUUCGUGUGGCAGGCUGCAGCUUUGGCAUUUUACAUCCUUUCAGCUUUAUUUGUUGACAGUUUUGUCAUCAUUUUCGUGGUCACUGUACUUCUUGCUGCUUUGGAUUUUUGGGUGGUCAAGAAUGUGAGUGGAAGAAUUCUAGUGGGUUUAAGGUGGUGGAACGAAAUCAAUGAUGAGGGCGAAAGUGUAUGGAAAUUUGAGUGCCUUGACCAGGAGUCAAUGGCCCGGAUCAACCAGAAGGAUUCAUGGCUCUUCUGGUGGACACUGUAUCUUACUGCUGUUGCUUGGAUCUUCUUUGGCAUAUUCUCCCUCAUAAGAUUUCAAGCAGAUUAUCUUCUUGUUGUUGGAGUAUGUUUGACGCUCAGUAUUGCAAAUAUUGUUGGCUUCACUAGAUGCCGUAAAGAUGCCAAGAAGCAGCUUCAAGCAUUCGCCACUCAGACCAUUGCUUCUCGAUUCACCUCCACAAUUCAGUCUGCAUUCAGCGUUGUGGAGGUGAUGCUGGAGAAGCAGCUUACUGGCCACAGGGUUGAUCGUUCCAUCUGUGCUUGGUUUUGGGAACAGAUAAUUUCUCAAGGCGAUUCUUUUAAGUUUAUGCCCGUAAUCGCCUCACCAACGCAUUACCUGUUCCAAGUUGUUCGCGAUGGUAUCACAUUCUUGGCUUGUACACAAGUUGAAAUGCCUCCUUUGAUGGCAACUGAGUUCCUUUGCAGAGUUGCUGAUGUACUCUCAGAUUAUCUAGGAGGUCUGAAUGAAGACAUGAUAAAAGACAAUUUCGUGAUUGUCUACGAGCUCCUGGAUGAGAUGAUCGACAACGGUUUUCCUCUUACGACAGAACCUAAUAUCUUGAGAGAGAUGAUAGCGCCUCCAAAUAUUGUCAGCAAAAUGUUGAGUGUUGUGACCGGUAGCACCUCAAAUGUGAGCAACACUCUUCCAACAGCAACAUCAUCUUUUGUUCCUUGGAGGAAUACGGACUCAAAAAGUUCAAGCAAUGAAGUUUAUGUUGGUCUUGUUGAAGAAAUGGAUGUAAUCAUAAACAGGGAAGGAAAUCUGGUGAAAUGUGAAAUUUACGGGGAAGUUGAAGUCAAUGCUCAUCUUUCAGGUCUUCCUGAUCUUACCCUUUCAUUUGCAAAUGCUUCCAUCUUAAAUGAUGUGAGAUUUCAUCCUUGUGUCCGGCUUCGUCCAUGGGAAUCUGAGCAGAUUUUGUCCUUUGUCCCCCCUGAUGGACAAUUUAAGUUGAUGAGUUACAGGGUUAAGAACUUGAAGAAUACUCCAAUAUAUGUGAAGCCACAGUUGAGCUCAGACUCUGGAACAUGUCGUUUAAGUGUUAUGGUUGGAAUAAAAGCGGAUCCUAAGAAACCUAUCGACUCGAUAACAGUGGACUUUCAACUCCCUCCUGGUGUUAUAUCAGCUAAUCUGACAGCAAAUUAUGGAACCGUGAACAUACUUGCUGACAAGACUUGUUCUUGGUCCAUUGGAAGAAUGCCGAAAGAUAAAGCUCCUUCCAUGUCUGGUACCUUGGCACUUGAGGCUGGUAUAGAGCGUCUUCAUGUUUUCCCGUCUUUUAAAGUGGGAUUCAGAAUUAUGGGUGUUGCUCUGUCUGGAUUAAAAAUAGAUAAACUGGAUCUAAAAAAUGUACCACAACGUCCCUAUAAAGGAUUUCGCGCCCUAACGAAGGCAGGAGAAUAUGAAAUAAGGUCAUAA